UAAGUAGUGAGAUUCCAGCAGUUAGCUGUAGCCUGUUCGCUCCUCUCCUGUCCUGUCCUGUCCUGCUCCCUUGUACCUCGAUCCUGUUAAUCCUGCGGCCCUGCUCCACCUAUCCCCUCCCUUCCACCAUAGCUGGGCACCAUGCCCCGGCCUCAGCGGCAGCCCAGGAGAUGCAGGUUCACCGGGGUGCCCCCUCUCUGCAGCCUGGCGUUGCUUCUCCUCUGGCAGACAUUGGGGACCCAAGCAGCAGCUGAUCCCGUUGAUGUAUUAAAGGGUCUGCAGCUCCAUAGGCAGCCUGAAGGCGUGAAGAAGAUUCCAGGUUUUUGUCAAGCCAGACGUUCUAGUACUGGUGGAGAUGUCGCCUACAGAAUAUCAAAGCUGGCUCAGAUUAGUGCUCCCACACGGCAGCUAUUCCCAGGAAAAUUCCCUGAGAACUUCUCUAUUAUGGCACUGGUACGGGCAAAGAGUGGAUUACAGGCCUUCCUCUUGUCCAUCUACAACUCUCAGGGUAUCCAACAGUUGGGCGUAGAGCUAGGACGUUCUCCUGUCUUUCUGUACGAGGAUCAGACUGGAAAGCCAGCCCCUGAGGAUUAUCCAAUAUUCAGCGGGGUCAACUUGGCAGAUGGAAAAUGGCAUCGCAUUGCCUUGAGUGUGCAGAAGACUUCUGUCACCUUGAUUCUGGACUGUAAUAAGAAGAUUACAAAGCCACUUCCCCGUGAUAAAAAACCCAUCGUUGAUACUAAAGGGAUCACAGUAUUUGGAACUCGGAUUUUGGAUGAGGAAUCAUUUGAGGGUGACAUUCAGCAACUUCUCAUCGCUUCUAAUUCUCAAGCUGCCCAUGAUUAUUGUGAAUAUUAUAGCCCUGACUGUGACUAUGGUCUACAAGCACAGGACCCAAAUGCCAGACAAGACUACGCAGAGGAAGAUAUGGAGUAUUACGAAUAUCCAUACUAUUAUGACAAUAAAGAGGAAGGGACGCCUGCGCCACCUACUGUGAGCGCCCCUGAGGGAGGCGUGGCUGAGCAGAAAUCCAAGGCUAAAAGCCCCAAGCAGGCGGCCAAGCCGAAGCCUAAGGUGCCUCCUCCCGCCAAGAGUAACAGCAAGGCGAAAAACGGUGCAGCGGCCAAGGCCCCUGCCAAACGCAACACCCCAGUGAAAAAUUCAGUGGGCAAAACCAAACCCAAGAAAAACGUCGCUGCCACCAAGAGGAGGAAUGGUUAUCAGCAGGACCCUGCUCUUACUUCUGAUCCCAUCAUGACCCCUGAGCCUCCCCUGUCAGAGCAGAACCAAGAUUAUACCACAACCCCCCUAGAAGAGGAGGAGGCUUAUGGGGUCUGGGAGGAAGAGGUCGCUCAAGAAAUUGUACCCACCCCUCAGGAAAAAGAGCCCAGUCCUUCACCAGUUGCCAAGGGCAGUGAAUCUUUCACAGAGGAAUAUGUGACUGGGGAGGAGGACAAUCCAACACCUGGAAUGGACUAUGAAUAUGUAUACAAGGAUUACCAUGAGGGCUCGGAGAGCCCAUACCUGGGCCCUGUUCUGUCAGCUGAGACACCUGAGAGUGGAGGUGCUAUCAGCGGACCCCGGGGACUGAAAGGCGAUAAAGGCGAAUCAGCUGCCAUGGAGUCGGGUAUGUUAGUUGAAGGACCACCUGGACCAGAAGGACCUGCGGGUUUGACAGGUCCCAGAGGAACUCAAGGACCUCCAGGACUAUCUGGUGAUCCUGGAGAGAGGGGUCCUCCAGGCAGACCGGGUCUUGCAGGUGCCAACGGAUUACCAGGACAGCCAGGAAGUUCUGUCAUGCUCCCUUUCCGGUUUGGAAGCAGUGGAGGUUCUAAGGGCCCAGUAAUUGCAGCACAAGAAGCUCAGGCACAGGCUAUUCUUCAGCAGGCUAGGUUGGCUUUGCGUGGAGCCCCUGGACCAAUGGGUUACACCGGGAGAUCUGGACCUCUGGGUUCUCCUGGAAACCCAGGUGUAAAAGGCGAGUCAGGAGAUAUUGGCCCACAGGGGCAAAGAGGGCCACAAGGAUUGUCAGGGCCACCAGGCAAAGCAGGAAGAAGGGGUCGUUCUGGUGCUGAUGGAGCUCGUGGACCUCCUGGUGAAUUUGGUAUGAAGGGAGAUCGAGGUUUCGAUGGACUUCCAGGUCUGCCAGGAGAGAAAGGACACAGGGGGGAUACCGGACCUCUGGGCCCACAAGGCGCAGUGGGAGAAGAUGGAGAGAGGGGAUCAGAUGGAGAGGUCGGGCAACGUGGACUUCCUGGAGAACCAGGAGUCAGAGGUCUUCUUGGUCCCAAGGGCCCUCCUGGAAUUGCUGGCCCCCCUGGUGUAAGAGGCAUGGACGGAGCUGUCGGACCAAAGGGAAAUAUGGGUCCACAAGGAGAGCCCGGCCCCCCAGGUCAGCAGGGAACCCCAGGAACUCAGGGUCUGAUGGGUCCACAAGGUGCCACUGGUCCUCCAGGAGAGAAGGGACCCCUAGGGAAACCUGGCCUUCCUGGCAUCCCCGGAUCAGACGGACCACCUGGUCAUCCAGGAAAAGAGGGUCCAGGAGGGACUAAGGGUAAUCAAGGUCCCCUCGGUGUACAAGGUACCAUUGGUUACCCAGGACCCCGGGGUGGAAAGGGUAUUGAUGGGAUUCGUGGUCUUAAAGGACAUAAAGGAGAGAAGGGUGAAGAUGGAUUCCCGGGAUUCAAAGGUGACUUUGGAGUGAAAGGUGACAAGGGUGAAGGUGGAGUUCCAGGGUCUCGAGGAGAAGAUGGCCCUGAGGGUCCAAAGGGGAGAUCAGGUCCCCCAGGUGACCCAGGUCCCCUCGGAUUGCUUGGGGAGAAGGGCAAACUGGGCGUACCAGGUCUGCCAGGGUAUCCAGGACGCCAGGGAACUAAGGGAUCACUUGGUUUCCCAGGAUUCCCCGGGACUAACGGAGAGAAAGGAGCAAGGGGUCUUUCAGGCAAAUCUGGACCAAGAGGAGAGAGGGGUCCCUCGGGUCCCAGAGGCCAGAGAGGUCCUAGGGGGGCCACAGGAAAGUCUGGUCCCAAGGGUACAUCGGGAGGUGACGGACCUUCUGGACCCUUAGGAGAGAGAGGUCUUCCUGGACCUCAGGGUUCCAACGGCUUCCCAGGACCAAAAGGACCUCCUGGACCUCCCGGAAAAGACGGAAUCCCAGGACAUCCUGGACAGAGAGGCGAAGUGGGAUUCCAAGGGAAAGUGGGAACAACUGGACCUCCUGGUGUUGUUGGGUCUCAGGGAUCCCAAGGUGAGAAUGGCCCCAUGGGAGAGAGAGGACAUCCAGGACCCCCAGGCCCUCCAGGAGAGCAGGGCUUGGCAGGCCCAUCUGGGAAGGAAGGUAGCAAGGGAGAUCCCGGUACUGUAGGUGUUCCUGGAAAAGAUGGACCAGCUGGGCUUAGAGGUUUCCCUGGAGAGAGAGGACUGCCAGGUACCCCUGGUGGUCCAGGUCUGAAAGGUAAUGAAGGUCCAGCAGGUCCUGCUGGCCCCGCGGGAUCUCCUGGAGAGAGGGGUGGACCUGGACAAGGUGGUCCUAUUGGGCCACCGGGAAGACCUGGCCCUCAAGGACCAUCAGGUGCUUCUGGCGAGAAGGGAGUACCAGGAGAGAAGGGUCCCAUUGGUCCUGCAGGUAGAGAUGGAGUGCAGGGUCCAGUAGGGUUACCGGGACCUGCAGGGCCCCCUGGUAUAGCUGGUGAAGAUGGUGACAAGGGUGAGGUUGGAGAACAUGGACAGAAAGGGGGAAAGGGCAACAAAGGAGAACAUGGUCCCCCAGGUCCACCUGGUCCUAUUGGUCCUCUUGGACAACCCGGAACUGCUGGUGCUGACGGAGAGCCUGGCCCUCGGGGGCAACAAGGUAUAUUUGGAGCAAAAGGAGAUGAAGGUACUCGCGGAUUCCCAGGAGCUCCUGGGCCCAUUGGACUGCAGGGAUUACCGGGGCCAUCUGGAGAAAAAGGAGAAACAGGAGACGUUGGGCCUUUGGGACCUCCAGGACCCCCUGGACCUCGUGGCCCUGCUGGAGCUUCGGGUGCGGACGGGCCACAAGGAGGACCUGGUGGAAUAGGAAACUUGGGACCUCCAGGAGAAAAGGGUGAACCUGGUGAGACAGGAGUUCCCGGUAUUCAGGGUGAACCUGGACCUAAGGGGCCACGUGGGGACAGAGGUGAGAAGGGAGAGUCAGGACAGUCAGGAGAUGCUGGACCCGCAGGUGGGAAAGGCCCAGUUGGUGAUGAUGGACCCAAAGGAAACCCAGGCCCCGUUGGAUUCCCAGGAGACCCUGGCCCCCCAGGAGAGAUGGGACCUAGAGGACAAGAUGGCGCUAAGGGAGAGAGAGGAGAAGAUGGAGAGCAAGGAGAGGCAGGGUCCCCUGGUCCUACUGGAGAGAACGGUCCACCUGGACCAUUAGGUAAAAGGGGUCCUGCCGGACCUGCUGGUCCAGAAGGUCGUCAAGGAGAGAAGGGAUCCAAGGGUGAACAAGGUGCUCUAGGUGCUGCUGGUAAGACUGGUGCUGUUGGACCUCAAGGAACUCAAGGCAAACAGGGUACUGACGGAUUGAGAGGGCUCCCAGGAGCUGUGGGUGAACAAGGUCGUCCUGGAGCUACAGGACAGGCUGGACCCCCUGGACCUAUGGGACCACCCGGACUGCCAGGUUUGAAGGGAGAUACUGGAUCUAAAGGAGAAAAGGGUCAUCCUGGUCUUCUUGGACUUAUUGGACCAACUGGAGAACAAGGAGAAAAGGGAGACAGGGGUAUGCCAGGACCACAUGGCUCAGUGGGACAGAAAGGAGAGACGGGUAUUCCUGGUGUCACAGGUCCUAUUGGCCCAGGUGGAACUGCUGGUCCUCCUGGUUCACCAGGUCCUAAAGGAGCUAAAGGAGCGUCAGGACAAGCUGGACCAAAGGGUCAAAAGGGUGUUCCAGGUGCUGCUGGACCUCCAGGUCCACCUGGUGAGGUUAUCCAGCCUCUACCCUUCCAGAUGCCCAAGAAAAACAAGCGUUCAAUUGAUGCCAGCCAGAUUAUGUCAGAUGAACCUGCUGGGGAUUACACCGAUGGCAUGGAGGAAAUAUAUGGGUCACUUAAUGCUUUGAAGAAGGAUAUAGAGUUAAUGCGAACACCAAUGGGAACUAAGGAACACCCUGCCAGGACAUGCCAAGAUCUUCAUCUAUGUCAUCCCGAGCUUCCUGAUGGUGAAUACUGGAUCGAUCCCAACCAGGGUUGCACGCGAGACUCCUUCAAGGUCUUCUGUAACUUCACAGCAGGCGGCGAAUCAUGUAUCUUCCCCAGCAAAUCUAUUGAGAAGGUUAAGAUGUCAUCAUGGAGCUCAGAGAAGAAAGCAAGCUGGUACAGCAAAUUCAGAGCUGGUAACAAGUUCUCUUACAUUGAUUCGGACAGUAACCCUAUCGGCGUGGUACAACUGACCUUCCUACGUCUGCUGAGUGUGUCCGCCCAUCAGAACUUCACAUAUCACUGCCACCGUUCCUCAGCCUGGCACCACGCCCAGUCUGACAGCUACCAAAAGGCCCUUCACUUUAUGGGUUCUAACGAUGAGGACCUUUCCUUCGAGACUAGCCCCUACAUCAAGGCUCUAAGAGAUGGCUGUGCGACGAGAAAGGGAACAGACAGGACAGUAUUAGAAGUGCAUACCCCUCUAGUGGAACAGCUGCCUUUGACAGACGCUAUGUUCAUGGACUUUGGAGAACCCAACCAGAAAUUUGGCUUCGAGGUGGGACCUGUAUGUUUUCUGGGCUGAGGCGUAUCCAAAAUAAAAACAUAACCCCAUCCAAUGCUAUCCCUUCUGAGAAUAAAAAGGAGAAGCCCCCCUUCCCUGUACCCCCGUACACCAGUAUUCAAGAAGAUCAGCUGAUGAGGAGCAGAAUUGUGCGCCCAACCGACGAGGCGGAACAAGAGACCAAAAGAGCCCCCGGUCGAAAUGUGACAAUGACCAAUAAAACUGGGUGGAUCCUCAGAUGACCAAAGAAAGAUUUUAUCAUAGACUCUUAGCUAGAAUUAUUUGAGGCUUUAUUUUUAUUUUUUAUUUUUAAACUCAGCGUUCACACACAGGAGAAAAAAAAAUGAUGUCCACAUUCUCAUGCCAUUAAUAAUAUACAUAUUUAAGGACGAUAUAAGCCACUUUUUUUUCUAACCCCACAGAGAGACCUAUUUUCUACCCUUGUGCUGUCUCCCAUUCUUUUCUCUCUGCCGUAUUUAAAAAGAACGCAAAACAAAUGCCUGAAUUCAGGACUCUAUAUUUUCCUCUGUGGAUAAAUUAAAGUUUUAAAUAUUAUUUAAAAAAAUAAUAAAAUUUGUGACGAAGCCCCCUUUUCCCUUGCACACAAAACAUGGGAUACAAAAAAAAUCCCUUAAACCAAUGGGGAAAAAAGUCUGUGAACAAAUUUUCACUAUGGUGCUCAGAGAUAAAGCUUUAUUAUUCAACCAAUGAGAUGAUAAACCUCGCAGGUGCUCAGAGUAUUACUGUGUAAUGUUUGUAAGUAUUUUUUGUAUUGUAAUAUAUAAUCUAUAAUUUUGCUGCUUUUUUAUUUUUGUUCCUGGUUUUUGUUCUUAGUUUUUGCGCUUGUUUACGCAUCACUUCCUGUCUUGACUGCCUACUUCCUGUCUGUCUCUUUCAGCUCUUCCUAUUCUGUUGAUCAGCUCCCGCCGGUUCUUUACCCUAACCUUGCUCUAUAAUUUUCUGCUCUUUUUAUUUAAAUAAAUGACAUGCAAAAGGUAAAAAUCAACAGAGGAAUAAGAUGGAAGAAUGGGUGUAUUCUUUAAAGGUUUUGUUAACGUACAUCUGAAAACGAAGGGUUUCUCCAAUGCCAACAGAAUGACGCUCCAAUUAUCUGUGAGAUCAUUUGGCUUAUAUUGCCACGAACCCAUGAGAACCUAUAUGAAAGAAGAGAAAAUAUCUUACUUCAAUGUCCUUAGAAAUAAUGAAUUCUGUAAUAAAGUUAACAAGGGAGGUAAUUGCAAAGACCCAUUUUUCAGCUCUUAGGAACAUAAAUGGAACUGAUGGUAAAAAUGAAAGCAACCAGAUAUGUAACAUCUUUAAUAUAUGUUAAAAAUAUUAUUGAAUAAAUAUGGCACUUGACUGUGAUGGGAAAAAGAAAAGAUCAAA